GCUUUAGAAGCAGUUACCGGCUUUCCCGAAUGGGCUACCAUUAUCAUCACCGGUUUGUUCGCCACUUUCUACACUGCAAUUGGUGGUAUGAAGGCUGUCAUUUGGACCGAUGUUUUCCAGUCAUUUAUAAUGGUGGCAGGCCUCAUGUCAAUCGUCAUCAUGGGUUGCGUUGAUGUUGGGGGAAUUGAUAAAGUGUGGGAAAUAGCCAACGACAACAACAGGAUCCAGUUCUUUGAGUUUAAUCCUGAUCCAACAGUCCGUCAUUCCACCUGGAAUCUAAUCUUUGGUAGCUUUGUUACUUGGCUGUAUGUGUUCGGUGUCAACCAGGCGGUCUGCCAACGCUUUAACUCUGUCCCGACCCUUAAAGCGGCGCGCGUAUCCAUUUUGUUGAACAUCCCAGGAACACUGUUGCUUCUUGGACUGACAUGUCUGGCAGGACUGGUGAUAUUUGCAUAUUACGCUAACAAAGGUUGUGAUCCGAUAGGUGCAGGAUAUAUAACCAAUCCAAAUCAGCUUUUACCUUACUUUGUGAUGGAUGUGCUUGGUGUCCCAGGGUUACCAGGUCUUUUUGUGGCGUGUCUGUUCAGUGGAUCUCUAAGCACACUCUCUUCAUCACUAUCCGCUAUAUCAGCAAAUACCUGGGAAGAUGUAUUGAAACUCAAGUUUGACCACUGGCCAGAAUAUAAGAAAACUAUAGUGACAAAAUGCACUGUUGUAAUAUUUGGAGUAUUGUCAAUUGGAAUGGCUUAUAUGGCAGCUGGUUUGGGAGGCACUGUCGUCCAAGCGUCAAUGAGCUUCAGUGGGUCAGCAGGAGGCGCUCUACUAGGCAUAUUCAUCUUAGGAGCUGUCUUUCCGUGGUCCAACUGGAUUGGUGCUGUAUCUGGAGGCAUCAUUGGGGUAAUGUUCUCCAUGUGGAUUAGCAUAGGUGCUUAUGUGUCCGGUAGGGGGCGUCCGGGUAUGCUUCCUACAACAGUCCAACACUGCCCAUACAACACUACCUUCAACGCCACCUAUGGGCAGCUAAAUUUAACUAUUCCAUCAAGACCUCUACCUCCCCCUGCAGAAGGGCUGAACAACCUCUAUACGCUGUCAUACCUUUGGUUCCCCAGUGUUGGAUUCCUCACUACCAUAAUUGUAGGAAUGAUAGCAAGCGCCAUUACCGGAUUCAACAACCCUGCGGAUAUGGAUCCACGGUAUCACAUGCCUAUAUUUGAUUGGAUGUGUGGCUGUUUAAUACCAGGAAAAAUCAAAAGAUUUCUUAACUGUAAUGUAAAUCGGAGUGUUUUACAGUAUGACGAUGAACAGAUAUUGGAUCAAAAGCAGCAGGCUCGCUUAAAUGAGUCACCAGAUAAAGCCAAAGAGGUUGCUUCACCAUUAUAUGAAACGAAUCGAACAACACAAGUGACCUCAGAUGUAGAUAUUAAUGGGCACAAAAUUGUGCAAAACACGAAGCUUUAGAUGACUCUUAAGUAACUCGGACCAACUGCGAAUAAUUAAUACAAUUACAUAACUAUUCUUUUUAGUUUUAGUUUCAAGACGAAACUUGUCGUACUUCCGACGUGCAAGUAAACUGGGCAAUGACUAUGCAAAGUAAUGACUA